GCCACGUCUCCAUUUUGAAGAUCACCGAGUUGUCGAGAUUUGGUCGAAUUUUUGGGUAAAAUGCAGUACUUGCGGCGAGAUAAGAAGGACGAAGAAGAUGGUAAAGGAUUUUUGUAAAGGAUUUCUGUGCUAUUAGUUUUUCAUCAAUUUUGUAGCAAAUCAGAGUUUCAUGCUUUGUCCUCGCCCGUUACAGGUUCGCAGUCGAACCCGUUUCAGAAUCUUGACAAGAGUGCCGUGCUCCAAGAGGUUAGCCUGAAAUAUCUAGUUUUUCCUUAUAUCUCAGUUAGAUCUCAGUCUUUUUUAAUGAAAAAUUACACUAUAAAAUACUUGUGUCUCCCCAGGCUCGCACAUUUAACGAAACUCCGAUAAAUCCGCGGAAAUGUAUUCACAUUCUGACGAAGAUUCUGUACGUACUGAACCAGGUAUGCGAGCUUUUAACUGGAAGAAUAUUGAAUUUCUCCCCGUAAAACAUUCACUCCCACGAAUGACCUUAAAGUUGUUUCUCAUUGUAAUAUCAGUGCAUUGUCAACUAGAAAGAUAAUGAGAAUCGAUCCAUUUAACACCGAAUUCACAGAGCUUAAAUUCCGGGAAAGUUAUAGACAUUGAGGAGAAUUGAUGUCGAGAACUAGGGACUAUGAGGGUUGAUCCUUUCUUCCUAACAUAGAUAUGUAGAUUCUCAAUACUGUUCUUUAUAUAUUUCCUGUGGUACAAACAGAUUAUUUUGUUUAAUGAUCAAGAGCUUCCAUAGUUGAUGAUCAUUUCUUGUAUUCUCAUGGUGUUAAGGAGUGAUUCAGGGGUGAUAUUGUGAGGAGAAGUUAGAUGCUUAUCACUUAUAGGGAUGAAAGGGUUAAGGGAUUACAUUCAGAUUGUUUGAAGUCAUUUUAAAAUUGCAGUAUACUUUAUAUAAUCAGCAGUAAAUUACUCUCCUUAAUUUAAAAACUGAGGAUUGAUUUGGUAUGACCCAUGAUUGUGAACCUACAGUACUGCUCGCGAUACGUUAACCAAAAAAUGUGAAUAAGAUGUGCCAUAAAUCGCAUGCAAUUGCAAAUAAAAAAAAUCGUGUAUGUCAAAAAAUCACACAUGUGCACAUAAGCUUGAGACAUCUGCCUUGUUAGGUAUGAAGAGUUUGUCUUUUUGUUUUCUGUUGUUGGCAAUAGGCUACAAUGCAAUAGACCUAGAACGCUACACGGCUACCAACGAUUAGCAAACUAGUUUGUUUCAAUCACUGUUCAAACUGACCUUCCCAAUAUGCUGUUACUGAUGGGACUUCAUAAUUGGAAUAUAUAAAUGAUUUAUCACUUUCCAAUGGAAUUCUUUCAUCAAAAUAGCUUUGUAUGAAAAAGACAUCCAUUGCAAUGGGUUGGGAAUUUGUUCAAAAUAAAUUUAUUCUUAGUGUGUCAUAAUUUGGUAGAAUCAGCAAAGGCGCCUGUUAUUAAGCAGUUGUUACAUUGUGAAUGGAAACCUAUGUGCAAAUACUUAUUUCAUAGCUUUUGCCAUUGGUGAACAUGGUGUUCUUGAAAACUGGUCCAUUCAUCUCACCAUUUAAACAGAGACUAAUAAGUUGUACUCACUUAUUUUAAUGGUGUUGUGUUACAUUGUGGUUAACUGUCACAACUAUAUCUUGUUCUGACUCUGCUUCGGAGUCUGUUUUGAAAGAUCUUGACAUUAUUAACAGACGUUUGCACAGUAUUCUGAUGAAUGGUUGUCUGUAGAAGCAUUUUUGGUUUUUCGGAUGUUUUUUCAUCUUUGACAUUGUAAUUUACUGUAACUUGACCUUUCAUUAUUGUAUUAUGAUGCGUGCCGUGAUCAAACAAAUCAUCACAUGCAAUGCAAAAUUAAACUGUUUACAUUCUAGGGAGUAAAUAGUGAAGCGAGUGCUGAUUGCAAUGAGUAGAAUAAAACAUCAUUCACAAUCUUUAAUGGUAUAUUUUUUGAAGGUGAUUAAGGUAAGUUCGAAAUUUCAAAGAAAUCAUCAGCUACAAUGCAAACAUCAACUUGUUUACAUUUCGCUGCAAAAAAAUCCAAGGGAGCACUGAUAGCAAUGAAUGAAUUGGAAAAAUAGGAAAUUUUCCGUUGUUGACUUGCUGCUUUUUCAAACCUAAAAUUUCUUUGUUUUACACAACAAUGUAAUACAAAUGAAACUUAUAGCACUGAAUAACAAAGGCAUUUGAGUCGCGCAUUUUUUUCGACCAUGUGCACAAAAGAAUCGUAUGUACGUGUCAGACUAUUCUGUGUCUGAGCGUAUGAAAUUUGUCUGCGCAGUUAACAUUUACGUGAGCGGUACUGUAAUAAAUAAAACAUUUGGACCAUCCUUUCUCGGGGGAUCCCAAAUCAGUGACAUAUUCUGCUACUUGCAUGCCUUCAUGAUUGUCUUUCUUGUAGAAAUAUAGGUGACCAGAGAGAAGGGAAGAGGCAAUAUUCAUUAUGCUAUGUUAUGUGAAUUUGAAAGACAAUAGAGAAUUCAUCUUUAUGCAAGCAUGUAUGUGUGGUUUUUUUCAGGGGCAACAUCUUGGUACAACAGAAGCUACAGAGGCAUUCUUUGCAAUGACAAAGCUGUUUCAGUCAAAAGAUGUGAGUUGGAGUAGAUGUUUUAGAUUUGUUAGUCUCAGAAUAUAAGAUCAAGGUCUAAUUUUUAGUUCAGGCAUUAUAUCAGACAUCAAAACUCUGUUUAAACAUUUUUUUUCUAUAGGUAAUGCUUCGCAGAAUGGUGUACCUGGCUAUAAAAGAAUUAGCAAAUAUAGCUGAGGAUGUGAUCAUUGUAACGAGCAGGUUAGUAAUAAGAAGAUAUUUGCAGUUUAUGUACAGGAAAGCAACUGUCAUUCAGCUCAACCCUUUAACUCCCAUGAGUGACCAGGACAGAAUUUCUCCUUACAAUAUCAAUACAACAUCAAGUAGACAAGUGAUGAGUAUACCGAAAAAUCUUAAUUUGGGGAUAAUUAGUUGAUCCAAUGCUAAAUGCUGAACUAACAUUAUGAGAAUUGUAUAAUUGACAGUAAGGAGAAUUACAAAUUUGACCUAGGAGUUAAAGGGUUGAUUAGUUGAAGUGACUUGUGAAGAAACUGGACAGAUUUCUUUGUCAUAUUUUGUGAGCAGUUUUUUUGACUUGAUUUUCUUGUUAAAUUGUCUGAUCAACGGAAACUUUCUGUAAUUUAUUCAGUGACUUGCAGAAAGGAAUAUUCUGAAAAAUAAAUAAACUUUUAGGGAGCACUAUUGUUUUCAUUGUUAACUUUUCCUUUUUUUCUCCUCUACUCUGUAUGUGGCCUUCCCUAAAAACCUCUUUUCAUAAAUGACAUUAUUCUCCAAGCAAACAUACAUUCACCUAAACAUGGUGACAAAAAUUUAACUUGUGAUUAAAAUGGCUGUAAUUUGGACCUCUGGUUGGCAACUUCAAGGGGAUCUUACAUUUCAAGUUGUAACUGAUGAGGGUUUUAGCAUCAGAAUAUUUCUUUAACCUUUAGUUCUCACUAUAUCACAAUAUCAAUACAAUACCUGAAAGAAAAUUGACAGGAAUAGAGAAAAUAUCAAUUAUGGAAUUGCUUGGUGAUCCAAUAUGAAAUUCUCUGAAUUGACAUUGUGCGAAUGGUAAAGCAGAUGGUGGGGAGAAUUAGUAACAAGAUAUUGGGUGUGACAGGGUUUAAUGUUUCUUUUCCAAGAAAAGCCCUUAGCUAUCCUCUUAAGAGUUGUUUCAUUCCUUUGGUUAAUAAAAAUUUUUUACUUUCUCAGUCUGACGAAGGACAUGACAGGAAAGGUAAUAACUUUGUUCUCAGAGUGCUUUAGACAUUUUGAUCAUGAACUUUAGAGUGAUUUAGUAAUGUAAUUUUUCUCUUAUUUUUUGUAGGAAGAUAUGUAUCGUGCCAGCGCUAUCAGAGCCCUUUGUAAAAUCACAGAUGUAAGUACACACAUCCUUGUUAUUAAUGAUUUUCAGUGGUGGUAAAGGUGUUCUCUUUAUUUUUAUUAACCCUGUAACUCCCAUGAUUGACCAUGACAGAAUUUCUUUUUACAAUAUUAGUACAAUUUAUAAUAAAGUUCGGAUAUAAUGCACACUGUCAUUGGUUGAAAGAGCGUGCUCUAUCAGAUUACAAAGCAUAGAGCUGAGCCAAUGUUGUCAGGCCAUCUGCCAAAUUGUACAGUGUGCGCCCUUUCCUGAACUUUUCUCCAGCUCUUUUUCAUUCAUCGGUAGUGAAAUUUUGGAACAAGUGGGCCAGCAAAAAAAAAAAACAAUAGAAGAACCAAACUAAGGCUUGUAAACAUGCCAAGUGCUGUAAUUUAUGUUGUUACAAUGUGAGCAGAUACAACAAUCCUCAAAGAGAAAACAAAAUUGGCAGUCUGAGUUUUGAAGGUUUUCAUGCCAAGUUAGAGUGCAAGCUUACAUGUAUGGAUGGUAAUGAAAAUCAAACAGCUAACACUCAUAUUGUAUUUAUAGUUUCGUUUUCCAAAAAAAAGAAAAAAAAAAACAUUAAUGAUGAGAAAUAUAGCCAAACUUGCAGAACUGUUAGAAUUCCUACUAAUCAUGACAGUGUUGGAAAGACUACAAUCAUGCUGAGGCUCACUGCAAGGCAUGAAAUUGUGCCUAAUACAGGCACCAUUGUGACUACAUUUUUCACUUUGGUGACCAAAUCCUGAAAAUUAGAUGCCAGAUUGGCUACUAGAAUGUUUCAUCAUAACCUUACCAAGAGAUGUAGUGAAUUAAAAAGAUUUGCAAAGAUACCAUAAUUUCCGGCUGUUUACCCACAGGGAAACUUUUGAUUUUGCAUUAAACGUGCAUCAUUGCGGAUAAUAGGGAGGUGCCGGUUAUGUUUCGAAAGUUAGAUUAGACAACUUUUAAAAGACUGAAAUGUAUCACCUUAGUGUCACGUUUUUGCCACCAAAAAGUUCAAUAACAUAACGUGUGGUUUAUCCACCAGUGCGGGUAAUCUGUUGACUUUUUUUUCACUGUAUGCAAUAAUCGGUCGGUGCGGGUAAUCAGCCAUGCGGGUAAUUGGCCGGAAAUUACGGUAAAUCUGCAGCAAACUUCCUUGUUAAACUUGUUUCCAAAACGCAGCACAUGCAUCUUGAUCGAUAACUAGAUGCCUUCUUGGAUUUAAGUGAGCUUGAACGUUGUAUAUCAUCCAUCCUAGUGUCCACUUUGUAGCAUGUUAAAGAUCUUUUCCCUAGCUUAAUUUUGGAGGGUCUAUGUAGAACGUUGACAGUGUUAAAAAAAAGGUGUUGUUUGUCUUUGAAAAUGGCAACCAAUUUUUUUUUAAUUGGCUACCACUUUGAAGGAUUUAGGAACCAAGUGGGUAUCAGAAAAAAAAAUUAAUUUCACACCCUGCACUGUGGCCAGCUCAUCAUUGUGAUCUCCAGUCAUUGCAGUGAUGAAAGCCUCAGAAAUUACAUAGAUCACCCUUCAAGUGAACAACUAAGAGCUUGCUCUGAUAUCCUUUCCAAUGCAUUGAAUGUAAAGCCACAUCUGUCACAGCAGGAGAGUUUUAUGGGGCUGUCAUCCCAAGCAAUCUUGACAUUCCUGUGAAUUCCAUUGUUGUUCUUUCAUAAAACCCACGCCUUGAGCAGUUUGUUUUCUAAUUGUCAAGUGAAGAAACUUAUGUUUUUUUAUCAGCCACAAUUUGGCCAGAUUUCACUGAAUUUUUCACUUCACAUUCUGUUUUAGAGACUAAAAAACUUCAGGUAACUGUGUUAAAUUCAACCUGCUGAACUAUUUCAGUUUGUAAACUAUUGCAGAUUGUGAACUUUGAUGGUGUGACAUUUUUGACAGCUUUAUUCUUCAUUCUCAUUACUUGUGUCCUUGAUUUAACAAAUAGAGGAGCCAUGACUGUGCUCUGUCAUGUUGUAAAGCAUGCAGGAAGCAACUAGAACACUUAACAAGUGGGAAGAAACACUUGACUACAUCUUGUGUUUCUCCUUACAUUUCUUUCAUGCUCAAGCUGCUUCCUGCAUGCUUUACAACAAAACAGAGCCCAGUCAUGGCUCCUCUAUUUGUUAAAUCAAGUAGACAAGUGAUGAGAAUGAAGGAAAAUAUCAGUUAAGGGGUUACUAGUUGAUCCAAUACCAAAUUCUCCAGAUUAAGAUUGUGAGAAUUGUACAGCAGACAGUAAAGAGAAUUACUAAUGAGAUAUUGGAAGUGGAAGGGGUUCAUGCCUAUGUCCAGAUCGUCAUAUUGUGGACAAUCAGUGUCAAAAUUAGUUGACAUGUUAUGUUUGAAGAGUUUUAUUUAUGUGAAGAACAACACUCUUGUUUCUACCACACUCUACAAGUAAAUCAUUUACAGACCCUCUACCCCAUUCAGUGUUGGCUAAAAGUUCAUGGAAUCACAUUACAACAUUGUUUUGGAGAAGAGGGCUAAAAGGUGAUCCUAACGAGGGAAAAAGAGAUAAAGUUGAAGUAAUAUGGGUUUAAAAGAUCAAUGUGACGGCAAUUUUGUUGCUGAUCAUUGGAAGAAUUCAUGCUGAUGUUACCAUACCUUCGGUUAUUGAUAUUGCCAUUCAGCUGCUCUCUAUUAGUAUUUUCUGUCUUUCUAAAUCACACAUAUGUUUUUUUGUUAUUCCUCAGAGCACCAUGCUUCAGGGAAUUGAACGAUAUCUGAAGCAAGCAAUUGUUGAUAAAAAUGCCAGUGUGUCAAGUGCAUCCUUGGUUUCUGCUUUGGUGAGUUGAUUCAUGGUACUCUGUGUGUCCCCUUGAAACUUGUGAGGUAAAGUUUUUACAAAACAUAUUUUUAGGAAUUUAGUAUCAAUAUUUUAGCUUAGUAACUCACAAUAUGAAGCCUCUUGUGAAGCUGCACAAAAUUUUGUCUGUUGAUGGGUUUGCUGUCUGAAUUUACUGGAUGAGAAGCAAAUCUGGUAAAAUAAAAUAGAAUUAAAAAAAAAACUAUUAGAGGACAUCACAUAACUGUUCAACUCUACCCAGUAUAUUUCAUGUUCCAUAUUUUGGAUACACUGAAGUUUUAAUGAAAGCCAGUUACCAGUGAUCUACCAUUCGUAAAAAGACAUGUUACUGCCAUGUUUGGGUUUUUCUUACGGUCCCUCUCCUGGGCACAGCUUGCUAUUAUUGAAAGCAGCUGCUUAUGGAAUAAGUUAGGAAAAUCCCUGGAUACAAACACCAAGUUAAAGAUUUUCCCUCAUUGUAUAAGACAUCCAUGAUCAGAGUGUCCAUCUCCUUUCACCUCUGGGCAUUUAAUGAACACUUUGUUGAUUUGUUUGUUUGUUUGUUUUUUCUCAUAACAGCACCUUAUGAAGCCAAACUAUGAUGUGGUGAAGCGUUGGGUGAAUGAGGCCCAAGAGGCUGUUUCAAGUGACAAUACCAUGGUCCAGGUAAAUAGCAUAUGUACAGAUGUACACUCUUUUUCUGUUUGUAAACAUUAAUAGGGUACAUGUGUUUGUUUCAUUAACCCUUAAACUCCCAGGUCAAAUUUGUUAUUCUCCUCACUGUCAACCAUUCAAUUCUUAUAACGUUAGUUCCUAGAAUUUAGUAUUGGAUCAACCAAUCAUCCUAAAUUGAUGUUUUUCUUUAUUCUCAUCACUUGUCUGGUUGAUAUUGUAUUGAUAUUGUUAGGAGAAAUUAUGUCUUAGUCACUCAUGGGAGUUAAAGGGUUAAGAGUCCUGUCACUCAAUCAAAGGUGGGCCUUAAUUGGAGGCGGGUGCUUAUUAAAUAUUUACCUGGUGGGUUCUUAGUCGAAUAAAUACAGUGUUUUUCUAGUUUGCCUAGGUAACCUUACAUGUCACAUUCUUUUGUUAGUACCAUGCCUUGGGUCUUUUGUACCAUGUGAAAAAGACUGAUCGACUGGCUGUGUCUAAACUUAUCUUCAAGUACAUCAAACAGUCAUUGAGAUCUCCUUAUGCAGUCUGCAUGCUGGUAAGUUCAUGAUGCCACCAUGAUUUUUAUUGUCCUUAUUAAAUAAUAGUUUUAUGCAAUGGAUUUAUGUCUGGUGUGUUUACAUCAGGCUGGUCACUUGUCUUUUCUCAGAAUGCAUAUGAGCCCUUUAGGCACAAAUAAGAUUGCAGCACAGGAGGGGAAAGGUUGGGAGGUAUUCUUUUUAUUUUACACAGGGUUUCCUGCAUUCUGUUUGAUUAUUUUUUCCAUGGCAUGAUAUAAAAAGGGAUUUAUCAGUCUUUUGUGUUAGCCCUAUGUGCGGCACGAUGUCAUAUAAUUAUUAUUUUCCUAAAUAUGAUCUCAUAUUUCACUCAUUAAUUCAAUGUUUGCCCCAAAAUUUUAUUUUAUAUACAGUUAAAUGCAAUUUAACAGAGUUAAAAACAAAGAGCAUCAGCAUUCUCUAGUAGUCAGCGGUUUUUGCAUAUGCGCAUGGGUCACAAUUCUAUGUGCUCUUUGUUUGGGGCAUUCUUGUGUGUGCUUUAAGCAUGAACUUGCAGCUUUGUGAGGAGGUCCAGCUCAUUGUCCAGGCAGUUUUCCCCACCCCUUCCCUCCCUCUUUCCACUGUACAGUGUGAUGGGUGCCUAUUUUUCUUUCCUUUGUGGGGGCUCAUGGCUGGGUUGCCUGGAUUUGCCAGCCAUGGGAGAAGUCUCCAUCUAGGAGCUGGCUGCCAAUAGUGGAAGGUCCUGGAUGUUUCAAGGCACCCAACCUCCACUUAGCAAUGCAGUUGUUAAUGUUUGUUAUCAAUGAAUUACAUUUGAAGUUGAUGAAUUUACAGACUGUUAUUCAUCUACUCCCUAUUUAGAUACGUAUUGCUUCCAAGUAUCUUGAUGAAGAACCAGAAGUGUGAGUAUAUUUUUUAAAUUUGUGGCUUAUGUACCAAGUUAAAACUCCUUUCUGUACUAAUAAGCAUUAUUUUUUUAUCUCAGUGCUGAUACACCUGUGUAUGAUUUUCUUGAGAGUUGCUUGAGACACAAAAGUGAGGUAAAGGUCAUUCUUGUUGUGUAUGGUAAAAAACAAUCCUAUUUUUCUUUUCUUUUAAAUUAUCAUGACCUUAUAUUCCUUGAAAUUAUUCACAUGCAGGUCUUAUAUUAUACUUCCAGUAGUUUUCCUGCAAGAUAGUUAUGAGAACAGACAGACUUAUAAGCCAGAUAGUGUUAUCCUGAUGUGACACCAAAUUCUCCUAUUGAGUUAAUGCAGAAAUGUAUGGCUGUCAGAGGGGAUAAUUACUAACUGAAUCUUGGUUUGGGCUGAGAAUGCUCACCUCCUUGUGGCCCAGGUUUAAUCCCCAGAUUCUUUUCUUGGUCACCAUCCUUACCCUAGGGGAGGAGGGGGGAGGUUAUUUCACUGGAUUCUCCAGUUUACCUUCCCACAAUCACAAAAGCAAAACUUUAAAUUCUAAUUUGGAGUAUUUCUGUUUCUUCUCCUUCCCCCCCCCUUCUAUCUAGUAGUCCUCCAUCCCCCAUUGCCUCCUUUACAUCAUGUUGUGUGUACAUUUUCUUCAUUCAGCCCCUCUAUCUUCUCUCCAGAUGGUGAUCUAUGAAGCUGCUCGUGCUCUAGUAAACCUGAAGAAUCUGAAAUCCAGAGAUCUGUGUCCAGCAAUUUCAGGUGAGUGUGGUGAAGAGCUUUGAAGUCAACUGCUCUUCAAAAUUUAUCCACUUACUCACCUUUCUUUGUUACUUUGGAGAGAGCAGUCAGAAUUUAAUCUCUCCAAGGGUUCAUAUUAACACUGUAUAUAUUUUUUCAGUUCUACAACUGUUCCUGAGCUCACCACGCCCAACCCUUAGGUUUGCUGCAGUGCGCACUCUGAAUAAGGUGGCUAUGACCCAACCCAUGUCUGUCACAACUUGCAACUUGGAUCUUGAAAACUUGAUCACUGAUGUCAAUCGCAGCAUUGCCACACUGGCUAUCACCACCCUUCUUAAGGUGAGUAAAAUUGCUUGGAGAAAUUUCUUUCUUGUUUUCAUUCAAGAUUUGCAUGUCGUUGUAUAUGAAAGUCACAGCUUUUUGAUACUGGUUGUUACUGAUAUGUUUUUAGACUGGAAAUGAAGGAAGCGUUGAUCGUUUAAUGAAGCAGAUCUCUUCCUUUAUGUCGGAGAUCUCAGACGAAUUCAAGAUUGUUGUUGUUGAUGCUAUCAGGUUGGUAGUGGCUUAAAGCAAAAUGUGUAUCGGGUGAUGUUUAUGGAUCAUGUAAAAUUUGUUUGUGGAAUGAUAUCCUCAACUUCAAGUUGCUGUGAGAUCUUAAGAAUCUUUCAUGUGGUGCAGGUUGAGGUUGUGUGUGUGUCCAUGUGUUGUUGUUGCUGAUGUUAAUUUUGUUGUUGUUUUUUUAAAUUAAUCUGGUGGAUAACGCGGUAGGUUUUGCCAACACUUUUUCGCUGGAUAGCAAUUUCUCCGUCGGAUAGCGCUAUCAGCUCUUUGAGCAACUGGGCCUAGAGAUGUGUAAUCCAGUAAGUUUUGAUGCAUUAAGGUGUUUUUGGUCAUCAAAUUCAGGUCCCUGUGCCUCAAGUUCCCCAGAAAGCAUCACGUAAUGAUGAACUUCUUGUCAUCCAUGCUGAGAGACGAGGUUUGUUUGAAAAUUCACCGACUUAGGAUGAUAUGUGACCUCUUUGUGACCAAGGAGGUCUAAGGUCUGACAAAGGAUGGUCGUGUUAGUGUAGUACACUAGGACCAUACAACUGAUUUGUUUAUGGAGCAUUUUCCUGCUUGUUGGAAAGAAACUUAAAAAGUCUGUAGAGUAGAAGUAGAAAUCUGAUGUGAGUAAAUAAGCUACUAAUAAUUAUUAUUAAUAUUAAUAAUAAUAUAAUUAAUUAAUUAAUUAAUAUUAUAUAAUAUUAAUAUUAAUAUUAAGCAUUGGAAAUCUUGGUUAAAUUCUGAGAAUGCUUGAAAUAUGCCCAACCGAACUCGUUUUUUUGGUAGAGAAGGUGCUCUGCUGACUGGUGUAAAGCCGGUAAAUAAGCAGAGGGGAUUCUCGAAUUUACCUUGUUAACGCAGUUUGUCUCUGAAAGAAGGUAGACCAGAAUCUCUUGUACAUGCAAGUGGAUCCAUUUGUCCGUAUGUCUUUCCAGUGACCAUCAUUUCACUUUAUGGUUGAUUAUUUCAGGGAGGGUUUGACUACAAGAAAGCCAUUGUGGACACAAUCAUCACUAUCAUUGAAGAGAAUUCUGAAGCUAAAGAAGCUGGUAAGUUUUGUUUGUCUCAACUAGCUGCCUUAAUAUGAUUUCUGUAUACUUUGCAAGCCCCAAGCACAACUCUUUUCGAAGAGAUGAAAUGAGGAAGACGUCGCCAGAACUAAAAUUUUAGUCGACAGGAGAAAACGCGAAGCAAAUUGCCGCGAAAGAUUUCUUCAAACUCGUAGUAAAAUGGCGCCUAUCAAUGACCCUGUCAACGCGGCUUUUGGAUUUCGCCAAAAUUUGUUACUAAUCGUCUUGGCGAUUAGAAAGGUCGUAGCUUGAAGCGCUGACUUUUCCAAGUAUGAUCUUUCCUUCAAUAUGUCAGCAGCUGUAUGUUUUCUCUAUUAAAUAACAUAAUUACUCGAAAAGCUCUCUUGGUAGAACGUGGAGAAAUUUCAUAUUGCUGCCAGAGUGUGGAAAUUUCACUUUUUUUUAAUCUAUGUUUUUUUCUACAGGACUUGGCCAUCUGUGUGAAUUUAUUGAAGACUGUGAACAUACAGUUCUUGCCACAAGAAUCCUGCAUCUCUUGGGACGUGAAGGACCGCGCAGCCAGAAUCCCUCAAAAUACAUUCGCUUCAUUUAUAACAGAGUCAUCUUGGAGAACGCAGCCGUGAGAGCUGGUAAGAUCAUUGUCCUUUGAAACAGUUUUCUUUCCCACAACACAUAUCAUAACUCACUCUUUUAAACAGUUAUAUUUGGUCAAUACAAUCGCUUUUCACCCGGGCUCGAAAAGCUAUCUGUGACCGUCCAGGUUGCGUUUAUGACCCUGUUAGGCAAGUGACUCUUUUCAGUCACUCACUCAUCUAAACGAACCACAUUUCAAUCGGGUUAUGGAGGGUUCGCUUCAAUGCAAGUUCGCCCCUGCCACCUAAAUAAUUUUGCCCCCACCUUUACCAGAUUUGGGGGGUAAACUCGCAAAGGUGGUAGGAGGCGAACUUGCAAUGAGGCGAAACCUCCAGUAAUCUUUCAAUUCCGUUACCGUUCACUUUCUUUACAUCUCAACUCGCCAACACUAUUGGUCAAUUCACUGACGCGCCCCGUCAAUUCGGUUCCCUUGGUGUCCUUUAAUUUUUCCGUGAAUUGACCUUUCCCACCAAUUAUUAUUGCUUGAUUUGUUGCCCUUGUUGCAAAAUUAAAAGCUUUCCAUUUGAAACGAGUGCGAAAGUUGGAAUGAAGAAAAAUAUAUUUGUUCAAUAUAUGCUUUAUGGGCAAGAUUAGCAGCUUAUCACAGUUAGCAGCUCGUGAAGUAGCUAAUUGUGACGUUGGAUAACCGUUAGCUUUGUUUGUGGUGUUAUGUGGGUUGUCAUUAUUUUACUCUAGGGUUUAACAUUAUCCUUUGAAGUAUAAUGUUACGACUUGUUGGGUAACUUUUUUUCUGUUACUUUACAGCGGCUGUGACAUCCCUUGCCAAAUUUGGAGCUCAUUGCGACAGCUUGUGUUCAAGCAUUUUGGUUCUUCUGUCAAGGUCAGUAAUUUAUGAUCCCAUCAGAUGGUACUAUUUAGUAAAAGUUUACCUUCUGCCGUGUCUAUUGCUUGUUUGCAAGUAAGGCAAAGUCGAACCCUAGCUCCUCGGACUUCGUGUUCUGUUGUUCCAAUGACGCCUUCUCAACGGAUCAGGUUUUACUUGUACAAAGCGCUGAGGAUGCCAUUCAGCGGAUAAAUCACUACCCACCAAAUAAGUUGUAACAAAACGCACUGCACUAUCCAUCGAAUAGAGAUUUAUCCAGUGGAUGGCGUUAUCCAUUAUUAGAGCAACUCGGAUGGAAUGAUGUGAGCAUGCGCCGACCGAAGCGCGAAAUCCGAAGUUGUGGGGUUCCAUUCUUCAUGGGGACUCCGAUAUUUGCUUUGCGCCACUCUGGUGACAAAACGAAUAUUAGCUUUAUUUAUUCGACGAAUUAGCUCAAAAUUUACCUUUUUCCCUAUCCUAACUUUUUCAGGUGUCUUUUGGAUACCGACGAUGAAGUGAGAGACAGAGCAACAUUUUAUGUGAAUGUUUUGAAGGAGAAAGAGAAAGCCUUGUCAUCAGGAUACAUCUUGAACGGUGAGCUACCAAACAUAAACUGAAGAACUGCCACUUGACGCAUUUCGAUCGAAGGUCAUGAAAUCCAAACCAAAGCAUUCGCGACGGCUAAUCAGAACGAAGGAGAUUAUUAUAAGAAACCAAUCAGAACUUGGAAAGAUACAUGUAAACGUUUUUAGCGCGGGAAAACGCUUAAUUCGUUGCAGUUUUGUUUCUGAUUGGGUAAGAGAGUGGCGCGCGUUUUCUAGAAGGCAGUGAGCAAGACCUCGUCAUUGGCGCUACAGAACGCGCGAUUCUCCGACGAGUCGCGAAGAGAUUUGCUGAAGGUCUGGCACUAAUAUUGAAUAGUGCCAGACCCCUUACAGACCUGUCGCUGGCUCGUGUUGCUCAAGCGCCUCAUACUUCCCGCAAGCAAAGAGACGCUAGUGCCAAAGCACUUAUAACGAGGAAAUGCUCGCCGGCUAGUUCUCCAGAUCAAUCUCAGCGCAGAGUAGAACAACACAAAUUGUUGUGACAAACAGACAAAUAAGUAAUUUCUGUUCCUUCCACAGGUCUUCAAGUGUCCAUUGUUGGACUGGAGAGAGCUCUACAUGCCUAUGUCAAAGACUCGUCGCACACUGCGCCAUUUGAUCUGAAGACUGUUCCCUUGGCAACCACGCCCAUGCAAGACCAAGUUGUUAAACCUGGAAAAGCUGGUACGUCUAUUUCCUGCACGUUCUCUAUCAUUUAGGUUUUUCCAGUUUGUUGUAACCUAGUCGGUGUUUUGCUGUCUUUGCGAACCUAAGGCGUUUAUACAGAGAAGGUAUAUUUUGUGCUUCAUAAACAAAUCACUGUAGGUUGUGAACUGUUUUUGUUUGAAAUGGUUUUUGCAAAAGUGUUUUUCUUCUGUGCGAGGAGAAAAGAACGACUGUACUACAGGUGUUUCAAUAUUUUUUCCCGUAAGCGGCUGCCUGUGGUGUGACAGGAAAAGGGGCCGUAAGGCGAAAUCCGAAAACACGAAAGAGGUCUUGUAAGCGGCGGUAGACCGCUGGUAACCGCUUUUCACUGAAACUGUAGUUGUACUUUAAUGACAUUCUUUAUAUUGGGCUUUCAUUUAUGAAGGUAUAAGCCCGAAAAAGAAGAACGCGUUAUAAAUCGAAGUCUUUUUUGUUGAGAUACACUGAGCACUUUUUUGUUUACUUGUCUUCUGGUUUUUUCUUCCUUUACACUUAUUAAGUCUUUUUCUUUGGUUGUCUUUUUUUUCUUCUUUAAAGCAAUCGAGACACCAUCUGCUCCAACCAAAGCUGCUGCACCUGUGGCAGCCACAAGACAGGACGUUUAUGCUGGUAAGGAAAAAUAACUUGCCCGAGGUAGAAUUACAUUGUUUUAGAGCCAUAGUUACCGAGGCUUUUCAAAGAUUCCCGAGCAAGGGAAAAUUCUCCAGCCCGGCCACGGAGAUAUUGGUUUUUGCGCCCGCAAUCUCUCUAACCGGGAUGGGAAUCUUCGCAUUAGAGCACUCCAGCCCUUGAAAAGCCUCGUUCAUCUAAUUGAGCAAGGUCAAAUUUCUUAUUGAACCGAAGGAAGAAUUCGUCUAGAGCUCCGACGAACUGGCCAUUAUUUUUUUUACGGAUGUUUCUAUUCAGUAGAUUAUCGCGUCCCUAUUCAAAAAAAAGUGGUCCAAAAAAUAAAUAUAAAAUUAAAGUGUUGAAUGUUUUUUGUCUUUACUUUUCUUCUUUUAUUUUCUCGCUAGAACAACUGGCAGCCAUCCCACAGUUUUCCCGGCUUGGUCCGCUUUUCAGGUCCUCACCGAAACCAGUAGAACUGACUGAAUCUGAGACAGAAUAUGUUGUUAAUUGUGUCAAGCAUAUCUUUAAGGAUCACGUCGUCUUUCAGGUAACUUAGGAAGGAAAUAAAUAAUUUGUUAAGGCAAUUUUCAAUUGUGUCGAAAGUAAUCUUGAAUAUUAUAGGUUUUGCUUGUCUUCACUUUGAGAUGGUCCAGAAAACUGUCGCCAUCCUCUCGACCAAUCUGAUGCAAAACUAAAAACCCAUCAGGACUUGGUCAUCCAUGUUUCUUGCGCUUGAAGCAGUUUGUUUUUUUUAACCUCGAUUUCUCAUUGGUUGGUUUCAUAUGAUAUUUUCCUUUCGCUUUGAUUGGCCGUUGUGAUUAUUGAUGCUAACUGGAGAGUGCUCCAACUUACUUUCCACUCUCGGGCGAGAAAGCUUUCUUCCAAUUAAAUUAUCAUAAUUUGUCUCCUUUUUGAACUUCACGUAGAUCCGAUCAACCUGUUGAGGAAUGCCUGUUUAGAUCUUUAGAUGAAGGCAAUUUUCAUUUGAUUAUCAGCCGUAGUUUUAAAUUGCGUAGGUUUUCUCAAUCACACUCUUUGAUUGGUCUAAAAAUCUGUCACCGCCCUUCAAUCAAUCAGAUAUAAAACUAAAGCCAGGCGUGACUUGGUCUUUGGCGUUUUCCCACGCUAGAGGCCGGUCACGCAACUGUACUCUCAACUCUCAUUGGCUCCUCCUAAUAUAUAAUCAUCGCUCUGAUUCGCCGUUGUGAUUAGUUUGGUUUUGACCAAUAACACUCAAUUGAAAUGUUUCUUUCGAUAGUGCUUCCUGUUGUUUCAUAUUGUUUCAUAUUGUUUCAGUUUGACUGCACAAACACACUGAAUGACCAGAUCCUAGAGAAUGUCAAGGUAGAAAUGGAGCCGUCGGAUGGAGAGUUUGAGGUGGUGACCUACGUCCCACGCUCUUCGCUUCCUUACAACACACCUGGCACUACCUACACACUGGUAAAACUCCCAGAAGACGCUUCAUCAGGUUUGUAAACUUUGCUAUUGCAUUUCAUCUGUAAGGACGGCAACGCCAAGAAACACAUUGGUUAGAAAAUGAGUGUAUAAUGUUAGCUAGAAUUUUUGGACAGGCUCAGGGCCGUAGGCAGACUUCAAAACAAGACGAGGCAAGUUUCGAGCGCUGAAGGCGCGGGCCGCAAGGGGGAUCUGGGGGCAGCCCCCGAAAAUUUUGAAAUCUAGAGGCACAGAAAUGCUCUUUAAAGCAUUCCCCGGAGCAUUUUUCUUCAGAAAAGUCAACCUCGGGCCAAAAUCUGCUUCAUGCUAGCUACGGCCCUGAGGCUGGAUGUGUUUACCGUCUCUUACGGCGCCUCACUUUAACUUCAGCAUAACUUAUGCGAGCAAUGCAAAUUUUGGUGAUUCACGUUGUUGUUUUGCAGAGAAUGGCUAAGAAAUGAACAGAAUUUUAAAGCGCACGUGCAGAGCUAUUCACCUGCUGAUAAGAUCUUUUUUGUUUUUCUUACCCCUUCGUUGCCAUCUCCGUUGGGGUCUUUUUAAGGUCUCUGCUUUCUGAAUUCUCCCAACAUAAAGGCCUCUUAUUCCUUGUUCUUAGUUACAUGCACUUUCACGAACACACUGAAGUUUGUGGUUAAAGACUGCGAUCCAAGCACAGGUGAACCGGAUGAAGAAGGAUACGAGGACGAAUAUGUGGUAUGUGUUGGACUGAAAUUUUUCCCUUUUUUCACUCUUUUCUUUUUUUGAUGCAUGAAAGUUUUCUUAGUACGAAAUCGGGGAACCUCAUCGGCUGCGAAGAUUGCUACUUUGGUGCGUCAAUGGCACAGGCUCCAGGCGCUAUUUUCCAACCCUCAAUCAGUUUUUUCUUCAUUUAUUUGCCCAGUUUUGAUUCACAUGCCAUACUGGAGUUAAGUGCAGUUGCUGGCUACCAAGUUCCAACACGGCCACCGUAAAGUCUAUUUGUUUUCAAAUUGCCCUUUUUUUCUCUACAUCUUGUACAUAACAGAGAAGACACUUGCAGAAAUAACCUUUCUAUUUCCAGGCAAAAUUUAUGCUUUUUGGGAAAUAGUAAGUUUUUCCCUUAUAGUUACUAUAAUCAUUCGUCUGUCUUAAAUGACGCGGGUCCAUUGUCAACUUAAAAUGUUGUUGUAACAAUGUUUACCUUACCCCUCCCCCCAGCUUGAAGACAUAGAUGUGCUCGUGGCAGAUCACGUGCAGCGCGUGCACAAGACAAACUUCUUGGCCUCAUGGGAUGAGAUUGGUGACGAGUGUGAGAUGCAGGACACUUAUGCUUUGACUCAGAUGGCCAGUUUGGAAGGUAGAGUUCUCAAUCCUUCUGUUUCCCUCUGUGUGCUUAAAGUAGUGUUUGAAAACCUGACUUAAAAAAGCAAAAUUGAUCAACCGUUUUCGAUCGUCUCGCGGUGUUAUUCCAGAGAUCGCUUCGUUGAUAAAAUCGAUUAAAAGAAGAAAUGAUGUGAUGUAAUUCAACCUUCUCUGAUGCCCGCACCCCCCUUGAUUCGAAAGACGCUUGUCCAAUUUACAGCUUCAACAUACCCCCGCCCGAGUAACCCAUGGGUAUUUGACUGUCCUCCCAAGAGAGACAGAGCCAGGUGGAAAAAAAAGGAAAGGUUCUGCCUUCAGAUAACAACAGCCCAAACAGGACUGACUACCCAAGAGAGACAGAACCGGGUGAAAAAAAGGGAAAGGUUCUGCCUUCAGAUAACAACAGCCCAAAUAGGACUGACUACCCAAGAGAGACAGAACCGGGUGAAAAAAAGGGAAAGGUUCUGCCUUCAGAUAACAACAGCCCAAACAGGACUGACUACCCAAGAGAGACAGAACCGGGUGAAAAAAAGGGAAAGGUUCUGCCUUCAGAUAAGAACAGCUCACAUACGAAUGACAAAACCGGGAAAAAAAUUCAAAAAUGAAGGUUCUUCCCUCACGGAGAUAAGUCUGAUUACACGAGAGAGUGGGUAAGAAAUAACAAAAGAACGAGAGUAUCUUCAGGAUUCUGCUUUCGAAACUGCGAAAUAGUACAGUACGAUUAGUAAGAAAACACACUAACCUGCCAAGAGCGCGUCAUCUUAUAGGGAAGGAAUAUUUGAGCUGUGAUGUCAGGGUUCAUUCCAUAAUUAGGUUUCAACAGUUGGAUAAUACACCAUGUGAUUUUAAGCAUCUGUCACCUAACUAUCACAGAAAUAAUUCCUUCUCUUGCUUCGAAAGCACAGAAGUAAAGGUAAACCUUGCUUUGCUGAUUAAAUGGUUUGGGCAUCAUCAUUUUCCGCUCAAAGGUUAUUAAGCAGCGAGAUUUAUCGCGCGUCAUCAUAUAGCACUAGACAGAAAUUAUCAGGCAUACAACCUUGUCUAAAAGCCAAAUUGGACAGGCCAGCGAGUAGAAUUUCUUCCUCGCGAAGUUUUACACAGUUAAGACCUUACCUUAAGGAAAGAACGAUGGCCCCUUUUCGCAGAUACCGCCGAAUAUACUCGUACCUUCGCACAGAAUUUUCGCGGGAUAAGUUCCCGCGCUUACCUGAUGAUUGGGACUUACUAAAAUGAUAUUUUAUACUGAAAGAGCUCCUCAGUAUGGACGCCAGAAAAGUAUUAUCAAAAUAUCUACUCAAUCGUUUCAAGUGUUAAAUGAUACUCUUGUAUCUCCAGAACAUACUGCAGUCGAAAUCUCUCUUGAAAACAAGGUCCUUACCGAGCGGCUCACCGGCUUCCAUGUUGACUUAGGGUCAAAGGUCUGAUCAGAGUGAAAUAUAAGUUGGCUAACACAAUUUAAUUUUGGUAUUGUCGUGACAGAACAGAUAAUCGCUCUUUGCGUCACAAACCAAUAAAUCUGUAGAUCACGAACAAAACAUGCUGGGUACAAUAACUGUUACUUGAUAGUCAUGUCACGCGCUACAACCAGGCUAUCUUCAAAUGCCAUGACACACUACGGCUUAGCUAAGCCGUUCUUGUCGCUGAAUCAUUCUACAAUUAUGAAAAUUGCCAUUCACGCCAUGAAUGCGUAGUUAUCUCCAAAGAGAAAAUUGUGCAAAAGAGUCCUAAAUUUACGUAGCACUCCUAACGCGCAAGCCGCGCGGAUCCUCGCGCCUGUUUACAUUUUAAUUGUUAACUUCAAUUAAUUUCACGCUCGAAGCCAAACACCUCGCUUUCACUUGCUAAUUGAGCCCUCUCGCUUUAUUUUGACAAGCCUAUGGAUCAUUUUACGCAUCCCUGGUGAGAACUCUUUUCUUGAGCAAAGCUCGUCAUGUCUGUUCUAAGCUGUUUUUCUUUGGACUCCUGUUGGUCUUUUAACCAUCUCUCACUAAUGGUUUCCUGGCCAGGUGACUCUACCCUGAAAAAUAAAAGUAGGAAUUUUCACAAAUUACUCUCUGCACCCUCUCCACCCUCCCUACCCUGGCAGUUUGCGAGGAUAUUCUAGUCACAGCCUCAAUUGCGAGAACCUGAUUUCAAACCCUCGAGUAAUUGCCCCACAAGUCCUGUGCUGUUAUCCCUUUUAUACACAUUAGAGGGGCAAAUCCACCCACUUGAAUCCCAACAAAUGACAAGAGAUCGUGGAAUUUCGUUAAUUUGCAUAUGGCGAUUACUCCUGGCAAGAUCAAAGUUGUUCAGCCGAAAAUGUACGUUGUAUCACGGCUUUAUCAAGUUAUAAGUAAUAAAAUUGCUUCCAAAUCAGACACUGGAUCGGCUAAAGGGAACUGAGUACAGAUUCGAUAUACAGAGUGUAUUUGUUCUACUGUUUACCUGGACCGCAUCGCUUGGGCUUCCUUCUUCAGUCUCUCGUUCUCGCUUCGGAGUCGAAUGAGCUCCUCAGGAAGCUUUCUCAAAUUCUUAAUGAAUUCUUGGUUGGUAGUGAGUGAUUCCACUUCAUUCGUGAACUCUAGUGAUUCUUUCCGAGUUCUACGCCAUGCGUUUUUCGGUCCUCUGCUCGGUCCGUCCAUAUUAUCAUUCCACGGGUACAAACUUAACGAGAUAUUCCUAGAAAAAAAUCGCUUCCGCUCUUUCUCUUUCUCUUUCGCGGAAAACCGGAAGUUGUCACGCUUAUAAAUUUGGUCGCACUUUAUUCUCACAAUCGCAAGAUGACGUAAUCUCUAAGUUUUCAUUCAAAUUUGCUUUGCAGAAAAGUCGGGCUCAGUGAGUAUGAAAAUGGACUUUGCAAAUAAAAGCUAUUGAGAGAGAAAAAACUGGCAAAUGUAAACAAUCAAACUACGUUCACGAACAUCUAAAUUUGGUAACCCCCCUGUUGUUUCGGAAGACACGAUUCAUCUCUUGACCCUCUAUUGGUUGGUUUGAUUUCCGGGAAAUUUCCCCUCGCAAAAUUGAUCAACCGUUUUCGAUCGUCUCGCGGUGUUAUUCCAGAGAUCGCUUCGUUGAUAAAAUCGAUUAAAAGAAGAAAUGAUGUGAUGUAAUUCAACCUUCUCUGAUGCCCGCACCCCCCUUGAUUCGAAAGACGCUUGUCCAAUUUACAGCUUCAACAUACCCCCGCCCGAGUAACCCAUGGGCAUUUGACUGUCCUCCGUGCUGCCCGGGGGGUGGGGAAUUUGAACCUUGCUUAUGUGGGAUGGGGGAUUUCCUCCGGAACUGUCCAAGUCUUUCCAGGGAAAUACAAGUGUUUCAACGUUUGCUGUGGAAGUGUUAAAAGUUAAUAAGUCCACUUUCGCAAGCAGAUGGCUCAGAGGAAAAGGUCUUUAAAAAAGUCACGGUCGCUGAACUUGCCGGUUAGUUCCUUUCCCCCUAUAGCCUUUAAUUAUUUAUGUCAACAAGACUCAAUAUCUUUUGCCGUUCAUUUUAUCAACAGAGGCUGUCAAACAGAUUAUCGACUACCUCGGCAUGCAGCCGUGUGAACGCUCCGACAAGGUUAACACUGAGAAGAAUUCACACGCCUUGUUAUUAGCGGGAGUGUUCCGGGGAGGCCACGACGUCUUAGUGCGAGCCCGUCUGGCGUUCGACCAGGGUGUGACUAUGAACAUAACUGUUCGUAGUGACGAUCCUGUAGUUAGCGAGGUGGUGUUAUCUGCCGUGGGAUAAUUUUUUUCUGUGCGUUUGGACCUGGCUAAUACAACAGUAAUGUUUACUUCAAGCUUUGUAAUUAAGUCUUGAAAACCAGC